AUGCCACAGACUUUAUCCCUAAGCACGCCGCCGCAAGGCUCCGUUAAGAGGCAACGGUCCCAAGAGAUGUCGGCCAACGUUUCUCGACCGCCUUCCAGUGGCCAGGGACAACCUAACGGUGUGUCUGGAAAGCCUGAUGACCCAGCGCAGCGGCUGAACGUCAAGAUACCUGCCUACCUCAACAAAUCCCGAGCCAAGAUCUCGUCAGCAUUCCAGGAUUUGGAGUGGAAGCAGAGAAUGCGCCUCCAGCAUGCAUCCCAGAAUCCCCAUACCUCUCGAUUCCGGGUCGACCGCUCAUGGACUGUGAUCAGCCGCAAUCGCUAUGGCAAUGUUCAGCCUUGGGAAUCAUCAAGGGUCAAAUUGAGAAAGCCAAUUGGAGGGUCUGACUAUGUCAACGCGUCUCCCAUCAUUCUUGAAAGUCGACACGCCAAAAAACCUCGCAGUGGAAAUUCGACUCCAACAUCGACCGGUCAGCCUUUACUUCCCGCGACAGCCCCAGCCAAAAGUGUUUACAUCGCCACCCAAGGUCCAAAAGAAGGACAAUUCUCACACUUCUGGCACAUGGUUAUGCAAGAGACGCCCGGCGAUGUUGGCGUUGUUAUCAUGCUCACACAGCUUUACGAAGGAAACAAGGAGAAAUGCGCCCAGUACUUCCCUCCCGACAUGAACAACCCCACGAUAAUUCUGCCCGCUCAUGAGGACGGCAAUGAUGAUGGAGACGCAGAGACCAUGGAUGAUGGUGAUCCCUUCCUGGACUCCCCUACGAGAAGCGCUGAAACUGAUAGUGUUGGAACAGAUGCCGAAGACCUUCAAAGCGAGCCGCGAGGUGGCCCUGGAGAUGACGGACAGGAAGUUCCGGCCCAGGAGCAAGGUCAAUGCGGCUCCGUUACUCUCCUUUCCCUAGACUACGACGCCAAGAUUGGUUGUGAAGUCCGCAAACUUCGAUUGACGAUCGAUGGUGAAACCAAAACAAUCUAUCAUUACCUCUUCCAUGGCUGGCCGGAUUUUGGCAAACCAGAGGCAGAAGAUCGAAGGGCUCUACUGGAACUAACCCGAGUGUCACGAGCGGUUGCAGGCGAUUCUCCACGAAUCGUGCAUUGCUCUGCUGGAGUCGGUCGGACAGGCACUUGGAUAGCACUGGACUUCCUCCUACAAGAGCUCGAAGCGGGUCGACUGGUUGAGUCCUCCCCUCCACAAACAGGGACGCAUACCCCGACAACGAACUCCAACGGUCCAGGUACGUGGGGCAGGAGCGGGCCUCCAAAAGCAAGCACACCCGAUCCAAAAGACGAAGAGGAUCUCAUAUGGGAAACCGUGAAUACGCUCCGCGAACAGCGCAUGAUGAUGGUUAUGAACGAAUUGCAAUACAGUUUCCUCUACGAGGUUCUCAAGGAGGCAUUCAUUGACAGGUACGCGGAGAAGGAGACCGGGCCUGUCGUCAUCGAGGUGCAAGAACCGAGCCCUAAAGUGGCGAGGAAGAGGUCACCCUUUGGCGGGAUGUUUCGUGGCGGCCGGGUCGGGGCCGUCAAGGAGGACGAGGAUACAGUGUCGGCGGACGGUGUUGAGAUGGGCGAAUCGGAAGCCGAGACAGAGAUAAUGGAGAAGGAAAAGGCUGGCAUCGAAGUAGAUAUGGAGGGCCAACCACGCAAGGAUGGUGGAGCAGAUGAGGAUCCGUAUGCCGCUGUGGCACCGGAGUCGAUCCGUCAGGGACAGGAGAAGACAGAACAAAACGAGGUACGCGAGCACGAAGUCAAGUGA